AUGCCGAAAGAUAUCGAGACUGAAAAACGUGAGAGAAGUGUUGUUCUGGUUGGGCUACCCGAGGCUCCGAGUAAUCUGUCGUUGCUGGAAAAGAAAAAUCAUUUGGACCAAAGUGUGGCUCGAGUACUGGAGAUCAUAAAUGUCGAAUGUUGGCCAAGCGAAAUUUACAGGAUGGGCACUUCGCAACUCAUAUCUACUACGAAGUUCUACUAUGUCCAACGUCUUCCUUCGAAAAAGCAUGACACCUGCAGAGCGCGCGUUGGACUCGGAAUUGCGCAAACAGGCUGGGGAGAGGAAUCGAGGGAAGGCUGUAAAGGAAUGGGUGGUCUACAAGGGGGAAUUAAAACGUAUCUCUGACCUCCCUAGACGACCGCUCCAGGGAAACGCAUAAGGGAGCUAGGCACUACUGAUUACAUUUCCUGUUUUUUGUUCAAUGCACGCAGUAUGGUAAACAAAAUACAUUUAUUACAUGCUUUUCUAGUCUUCUACUCUCCAGACAUUCUUUGUAUAACUGAAU